CAUAAGGCCAUAACCCUCCCGCACCCCACCCUUCUCUCAUUUUUUUCCCUGAAAUAUGGACCGUCACCACCAACAACAGCGCCUCAGAUUUCUUGCUGGAACGGGGCCUUUUUCCUCAGAGACUCCCAAUUCCCGUUCGACGGAUCAAAGCCGUGUGAGCCCUGAAACUUCUACACACAACCCUUUCCCUCUGGAAUCUUUAUUUUCAAGACUCGAUGUAUCUAAUGGUACCCAAGAUUUAUAUCCACCUUCUAAUAGCAAAAUAUCUGAUGGGUCUGUUGUGAAUUUGAACUCUUUUGAUGGUUUUGCCCUUGGUGGCGUUUACCAGGCUGGUUUCUCGACAACGCAAAACAAUGAUAUAGAUACUUUUGUGGCCACGAGGAUUCAAGAUUUUCUUCGUAAUCCAAUCAUAGCCGGGUCUAAUUCUGAUUUGAGGACUAACAGUUCUGUUUAUUGCGGCGCGUAUCAAAAUCCAGACUUUAACGACUGGAGAGGAUUAGUGCAAAGAGAAUCGCAUUAUAGGUCGAUCAACAAUGGUUUGGUGUCUAAAAACCAGAAUUCUUUGAUCAGGAAGCCACUUAGGUUACAAGAUUACUUGUCCUGGGAAGAUUUGAGUGGUAAGGUCGUGGCAUUGGCUAAGGAUCCGUACGGAUGUAAAUUCUUGCAAGAACUCAUUGAGAGUGCAACAAGAGAACAAAUUGAUAUGUUGUUUUACGAGGUCAUAGGCUAUGUGGGUGGGUUGAUAGUGGACCCAUUUGGGAAUUAUGUUGUACAAAAGCUUGUAGAGGUGCUUAGCGAGGAACAGAGGACUGGGAUUUUGCGAAUGUUAACUCGGACUGAUUUUCAACUUGUGAGGAUUUGUCUUGAUGUGCAUGGAACUCGGGCUGUACAAAAGUUGUUGAAUUGUAUCACGAACCCACAGCAAGUUUCUAUAGUUGUAUCAGCUCUAAGCCUAGGUGCUGUUACAUUAAUUACGGAUUCCAAUGGUCAUCAUGUGAUCCAGCAUUUUGUCCAGCAUUUUUCCACUGAAGACAAUAAGUAUAUUCUGAAACAGGUGGCAGAGAACUGCUUUGGGAUUGCAACCAACAAGAGCGGAUGCUGUGUGCUGCAGCGAUGUGUAGAAUAUUCUGAGGGAGAAGCCAGAGAUCGACUGUUGGCUGAGAUAAUAGCAAACGCACUACUCCUGGCAGAAGAUCAUUAUGGAAACUAUGUAGUGCAACAUAUUCUGAAAUUGAAGUUGCCGGAAAUCACAGAAAAUCUUCUAGCACAGUUUAAAGGGAGUUACAUGGCUCUUUCAUGUAAUAAGUAUGGAAGCAACGUCGUGGAAAGCUGCCUAUUGACAACGAGAGAGGAACAAUCCACACAAAUUAUCUUGGAGUUGCUAAGCAAUCCACUUGCUUCUUAA